AUGACGCGCGGAAAGAAGAAGCAACAAGGGAAUACAGUUACCAUUCCAGUGGAUUCAAACCCCACUCAGCAAAAUACCCAAUCCUUGGAUUUUGAUGCUGGGUGUGAGGCUGUUGAGAUUAAAGCAAUGGACUUCACUGAAAACAAUCAUGAUGGGGCAGGAGGGUAUUCUUCUGUUGCAGAAGGCGUGAAAAGGAAGCGUGGCAGAAAAAGUAAAGAGGAGGAGGGCAUGAAAACAAUGCUAGAGGGCAAUUUGUUGGAGAAGAACGAUGUUCAGGACGAAAACCACGGUGGAAAUGGUGGGGUUGGAGAUUGUUCUUUUGUUCAAGGUGUGAAAAAGAAGCGUGGCAGAAAGAGUAAAAAAGAUAAGGAUGACAUGAAAAUGAAGAAGUCAGAGGGUAAUUUGUUGGAGAAAGAGGGUGUUCAAGACGUUAAACACGGUGAAAAUGGUGGCGUUGGAGGGUCUUCUUCUGUUCAGGAAGGUGUGAGAAAGAAACCCGGCAGAAACAGUAAUAAAGACAAGCAGGACAUGAAAGGGAAGGAGAUACUAGAGAGCAAAUUAUUGGAGAAGAAAGAUGUUCUAGACGAUAAUCAUGGCAAAAUUAGUGGGGUUGCUGAGAAGAGACGUGGGAGAAAAAGAAAGACGCUUGAGGAAGAUGGUGACGUCUUUGGAAUGCCUGCGGAUUCUUCAGGAAGUGGCAUCCAGAAGCAAUAUAAUUUUAGGAGCCCUAAAGUCAAUAUAGAAGUGGUGAUGCCAAAAAUCAACCAAAAAGAUAUUAAGUUGAAUGAAGAACAGUCCUCGAUGUGUCAUCAAUGCCAGAGAAAUGAUAAAGGCAAGGUUGUGAGAUCUAUGAGGUUUUUCUCUGUGUUUACCACUGCAUUGCCAGUUAUCUAUCUGGUGUUACGGUAUCCUCAUUUGACAGAGCAUUAUAUUGCUGAGGCAUGUCCUGUGUGCCGUGGUAAUUGCAACUGCAAAGCAUGCUUGAGAUCCGAUGUACUUAUUAAAGAAAUGAAGGGGAUAGAAACCAAUGAAGAUAAGAAGGUUGAACUUUCUAUGCGUUUGCUGCAAUUACUUCUUCCGUAUUUAAUGUUGUUGGAUGAAGAACAGAUGAUUGAGAAAGAGACAGAAGCUAAGAUACAAGUUAUUCCUGCAUCUUUAGUUGUUAACUUAACACUCUCUUGUAGUGACAACUGCAAAACGUCAAUAUUUGAUUACCACAGAAGCUGUACAGAAUGCUCUUUUGAUCUGUGUCUCAUCUGUUGCCGUGAGCUUCGUAGUGGGCAGCUUGUAGGUGGUGCAGAUCCAAUUAUGUUGGAGUUUGUCUGGCGAGGUCGUGGUUACUUGCAUGGUGAACAAGAAAAUAAAAUGGAAAAACAAAUUGAAGCAAAUGAUGUUUUUAAGCCUGUAGUUCGUGAAUGGUCAAGAUCUGGGUGGCAUGCAGAAUGUAAUGGUAGCAUUCCUUGUCCAAAAGUUAAUGAUGAAUGUAACCAUGGUUUUCUUGAACUGAGAAGUGUGUUUGGUCAACAUUUUAUCACUGAUUUAGUGUGUAAAGCAAAUGAACUAGCACAAACAUUCAAGCUUGAGACCCCUGGCAACUUCUGUUCAUGUUUGAGGCUUGAUGGAAACACAGAUGUUAGAUUUAAUAAUAUGAUGAAGGCGGCUUCCCGUUCAGAUUCCAGUGACAACUACUUGUACUAUCCUAGGGCUGUACAACUACAGGAUGAGGAUUUAAGGCAUUUUCAGUGGCAUUGGGAAAAGGGGGAGCCAGUAAUCGUUAGCCAUGUGCUUGAUUGUACAUCUGGUUUAAGUUGGGAACCACUUGUCAUGUGGCGUGCAUUCCGUCAGAUGACCAAGACCAAGCAUGAACAACAUUUGGAUGUGAAGGCAAUUGAUUGCUUAGAUUGGUGCGAGGGUGAAAUUAAUAUCCACCAAUUCUUUACUGGGUAUACAAAAGCUCGUGAGGAUUGGCUUGAUUGGCCUCAGAUAUUGAAAUUAAAAGACUGGCCACCUUCUAAUUUAUUCGAGGAACGAUUACCUCGACAUUGUGCUGAGUUCAUAUCUUCCUUGCCCUUCAAGGAAUAUACUGAUCCUCUUGGAGGUUCUCUUAACAUAGCUGUGAAAUGGCCUGCAAAAUGUCUAAAGCCAGACAUGGGGCCAAAGACAUAUAUUGCUUAUGGAUUUCCUCAGGAGCUUGGACGAGGUGACUCAGUAACUAAGCUCCACUGUGACAUGUCCGAUGCAGUAAAUGUGUUGACACAUAUUGCUGAAGUUAAAUUGGAACCACAGCAUCUUACUGCCAUUGAGAAGUUGAAAGAAAAGCACCUUCAGCAAGACAAAAGGGAGCUGCUUGGUGAUGAUCAGGAUGAAGAAACUAAUGUUGACCUGCAUAGUAAUAUAUCUUCUACCAUAAAGUCCCUGGAGAAGCAAAACAGUGUCCAAGUCUUGGAAAAUGAAAAUGGAUAUUGUGAUGAAAAAGAAGUUGAUCAGUUUCACAAACCCUCUGUUGGUAAUGAGGUUGCUUCUGCUGAUGAGAAUGGUCUUUCAUGCGGUUCAGAGCUCAAAGAGGUUGACAAAGUAAAUAUAAAGCAAGAAAGUGAUUUGUUGUUUGCAGGGGAUGGUUCAGAAGGUGCUCUGUGGGAUAUUUUUCGGAGGCAGGAUGUACCUAAAUUGCAGGAAUAUCUGAAGAAGCAUUUCAGAGAGUUCAGGCAUGUCCAUUGCUGUCCUUUAAAGCAGGUUAUUCAUCCCAUUCAUGACCAGACCUUCUAUUUGACCAUGGAGCACAAGAGGAAGCUUAAAGAGGAGUACGGAAUUGAGCCCUGGACUUUCAUUCAGAAGCUAGGAGAUGCUGUUUUCAUUCCAGCUGGUUGUCCUCACCAAGUCAGAAAUCUGAAGUCAUGUAUUAAGGUUGCAUUGGAUUUUGUCUCUCCUGAAAAUGUUGGGGAGUGCUUUCGUUUGACAGAGGAAUUUCGGACUCUUCCCAUAAACCAUGGGUCUGCCGAGGACAAAUUGGAGGUAUGCCAAACAUGGUGGUGGUACUGUGGGGUUCCCAUUGCACAUGGCAAUGGUGAUACAUGUUUUCCGUAG